AUGGAGUGCAAGACUAACUUGGCAGGAGGGUUGCGAAACGACGAACGUAGCAACGGCAGCAAAGAUGCAUUAUUUUCGCCGUUGAACGCUAUGAGGAAGCUACAGGAGGCAUUGAGGUCAGCCGACGUAUUUGAGCUUGAGGAAGCCAUACUCGUUGCAGAGAGAAGCGUCAACACCGUCUCCGUUCCACGCCAAAUGGCUGUGUCUCUUCGUACGCUUCUGGAGCACAGCCGAGACACCCUCAAUAAUCACCUCCAGGCACGUGAGCCGCAUCUAAAGCCUCGUCAGCAAGUACAUCGAGAUGGGAGCAGUAAGAAAGCUUUAGUGGUGCUUGAGCAAACUGCAGCCGGAUUCCCAGAGCAGCCUUGUCGUAUGGAAACUGAUGUGGGGCUCAGCGAGGUGUUGCAUAGUGAUGUUAUGAGGGACAUGAAGAAUGAUGUUGCCCCUUUAGAAACUGACCACUGGGAGGAAUCUGGGUCGUCAUUGGCAAGUCGUAGCAGCGCUGAAGCGGGUGCUUACGACUCGCUCUCGGUGUCCAUGUGGUCUAAGAAAGGUGUUCGCACCCAGCCUCGUAUUUGCACAACAGUGGUUGGUUCCGCUACAGUGGAACGUGCGGGGGCGGCGUGCAGGAGCCACGGAAAGAUUGUCGACCUAAAUAGUCCGUUCAAUGACUUAGCAGAAGGGGAAGAUGUUAUGCGGAGCGCGGUGGAGCAAGAGGAAUACACUAACCGUGUGCGCUACUUCGAGUAUGCCUUGGCUGAACAGGCCAAACUCCUCGCACGGGCGGAGGAGUUCGCAUGGUCUUCUGAGCAAGGGGACGAGGGAAACACUGUUGACGCGCAUUUGAGCCACUGCUCGUCCUUUACUUCCCUUUACUUCAGUUCUGAUAGCGGCGAAUGGGAUGUGGUUGCAGCGAGCGGUGUGGCGUCACCAGAGAUUAUUCCUUUGAGCACAAACGUACUUCGGGGGUUGCGCUCCGAUGGGGUGGGGCCCUCACGUCUCAGGGCUUCUUCAACCCCUUCCUCUCCCUUUUCCUCCGAAUCGUCCGAUAUUGGUAUGGUAUUUAGAUGA